UCAAGAAAAGGAAACCCAAUAAAAUCACUCUCAGCACAGAAUAUACUUUCUCCUUCUCUCUCUCUCACACUCAUUCUCUCUGCAACAAACAUAGAAAGCCAAAAAAUUCCUAAUUGGCACGGUGUAAAAAAACAGGUGGUAGAUUAGCUUCUUUUAUUCCCUUUUUUUUGGGGUUAGGAAUUGCUAUUUGACUCUAUGAGCAAAGAAAGACCACCAGAGCCUCUGGAUUUCUUCAUUUGGACUGUUGAGGAUGUUGGUUUAUGGUUGGAAGAAAUAAACCUUGGUGGCUAUCGUCAAAUUUUCAAAGAGAAUGGUGUUAAUGGGGAGUAUUUGGAGGGUAUGUCUAUGUUCACGACUGAACAGAUACUAAGGUUUAUAAGAAGGUGUCACAUGAAAUGGGGAGACUUCAUAACACUGUGCAAGGAGCUCAGGAGGAUAAAAGUGGCUUGCUUGAAGGGAGAGCAAAAAGUCCGCCAACCUUGGUGGGCACCGUCAUGUCUCUCUAUAGUAUUUACCAAAGUGGCCAAGCGCAACAGGCAGUCUAGAGUGGUAUCGCUGAAGCUGGAACCUUGACACUGAUAUUGUCCUUGUGUAUGUAUGUUUAAUUUGUAUCUUAAGAGGACAGGAGUAGGAAAAUCACUUGCCUACGUAUAUUUUUCACUUUUUUUAUUUUGGUUGGUUCUUCUUUGGAGAACUUCCUCCCCUGUCCAAGCAUUUCUUAUACAUAGUUUUGUAGUCUGCCUUUGUCCUAAAUUAGUUGUGUUGAAUAUAUACUUAAAUGAAGCAAAGAGAUACACUUAUGUAAAUCUCAACGUGCACUAUUUAUAUUGAAAAAAAUUGUCACUCCAUUA